CUGUCUGGAUGUACUCAGGCUGCAGAGAAUCGAAACUUAUCCGAGGAGAGGGAAGUGUCGGGCGGUUACAAACGAAACCUCCUUGGGGUUUGCUCCUGUCAAAGUCUCUCCGUCUUCGUCCGGAAACAGCAUGGCACACGUUUAAACUUUGCUUCGGCUCAAUGAACUUCCUGGCUUCUUCUUCUACUUCUUCUUCUUCUACUGUGGACAAGCAUGGACCCUGGCCGAGAGAAACGCAAGGAGGAGAUAAACAAAGCUCUGGCUUUUAUACAGUCCUCCCUGGCCUAUCCUGACCCCGACGGCUAUCAGGACUUCCUGACCCAGUUAGUGUGCAACCUGCUCGAUGAGGGCAACGCCUUCUUCCGAGACGACCAGUGCGAGCAGGCUGUCAAAGAAUUCAGCGAAGGCUUGAAUGUGUCAUGCUACGCUGAAACGGAGGAGAUCAAGAUCCCUGAAGCUUUGCUCGAGAGCCUGUAUGUCAACCGGGCGGCUGCCUACCACAGUUUGGGGGAGUAUGAACAAGGUGUGCUGGACUGCAACAGCGCUCUGGAGGUGUGCAAAGACAGCCGCAGAGCGCUGUACAAGAAGGCCCUUUGUUUGAAGGGGCUUGGAAAGUAUAAGGAGGCCUACGACUGCAGCGCCAGCUAUCUGCUCAUUAAUCCUCAGGACCAACAGGUGAAUGAGCUCGCACAGGAACUGGCAAACCAUCUAGGUCUGAAGAUUCGAAAACCUUACGUCAGCACAAAGAUGUCAGGCGGUAAUGUAGAAAAUGGUAAUGGCGUUGCACCAGUCAACUUUCCCAGCGUGCCUCAGUCCUCAUUUCCUUCCACACCUACCAGCUGCAGCACACCUACUAACUCUGCAGUACCUGAAAGGGCGGGCACUAUCGAGGACUCCGAGCUGAUGGGAGAUGACAUAGACAGUCUGCUGGACUGUGUUUCUACUGAGCCGGAAACAGCUGAGGAUGUAUUCUCAGUGCCCAGCAGGACAUCCACUUGCACACAAAGAGGCCCAUCUGUCCUGCCCGCACCGACACCCCAACUACCCCCGGCCUUUUUCAACUCAGCCGUUAACCAACUCAACUCCUUGGACUCCUUUUCUGGUUCUGGGCACGGCACCUCAGCUGCUACACUGGAUAUCCUAGAUGACCUCUCGACCUCUGACAAAGGUGGUGUUGCAGAUGCUUCAAACUUACUACUGACCCCUACGAAGCUGGACGGUCUGGACGGUCUUGAUUCCCUCGAUUCUCUCGAUGACGCCUUGGAUAAGAUGCCAAGGGCUGCUGCUGCUGAAGAAGUUAUUGAGGCCAAAACAGAGCUGGAUGUUGGAGAAAAGUCUCUUGAUGAGCUGCUAGAUGAACUAGAUCCCUUAGAGACACUCUCUAAUCCAAGCAGCCAGGGCGAUCAUGUCUCUAAAAUUAGGAAUAGAUCCAUGGACCGGCUUGACUCCCUUGAUUCCUUGGACUCAUUUUCCUCGAUGGAGGGUGUUAGAGUAGCUUCGCCAGCAGUCUUAGUCGGGGGGUCUGGCCUGGACUCGCUCUCUGAUUUCAACUCAGCAGGUAUCUCAGGCUCUCAUAGUAUUGCGGCUCCAGUAAUGCGAUCUCCAAAAAAUCAUUACAAAGAGAAGGAAAACCAAAGGCCGGCUGCAGUGUAUAACCCUCUGUCCUCCACCCAUGAGUUCCUGCAGGCCUGCUCUGCUUGCUACCCUCGAGAAGGUAUAGGGAUAUAUACUUAUGUUCACAAGCCAGACCUGGUCCACAACUGUAAGAGAGACAUUCUGCUAUGUAGACUGAAAGCUGAUCCCCCGUUAGACUGGACCAGAGUGCGACCGCUGCCCAUACUGAAGGCCUUUGGUGGACGAUUUGUACUUUGCAAAGAGUUGCUGAAGUCUGGAGAGCUGGGUGUGUGUAAGUAUGGAGAGAAAUGCACGUUUGCCUACAACCAGAUGGAGAUCGAUGUUUGGACAGAGGAGAAGAAAGGCAGGCUGGACAGAAACCUACUGUUUGACACAAAACCUUUUAAACUGGACCCUGUGAGCAGCAUCAUAUGCCUCCUACAGGAAAACAAAGGCACGUUCAUGUUCCUCUGUCAGGCGUGCUAUGACAGUAAACCGAGAAUAAUCAGUAAGCGCUUCCAAGACGAUCAGACCAUCUGCUCUAACUUGGAUGUUUGCCACAACUUUGAUGCUAAUAAGUGCUUGGCUUUUGUGGUGAGGACCCACAAUGUGAUCUACAAGAAGGUUCGCCCGUUGAGCGUCCUGUGUCACAUGGAUCUGUGCAACCAAGCCAUCCGGUAUGGCUGUGUCAGAGAGGACAACUGCCACUACGCCCACUCUGUUAUCGAGCUCAAAACCUGGAAGGUGCAGAGAGAAACAGGUGUCAGCCCUGACGAGAUUGUGAGAAUAUCCACAAAGUGUCAUGACAAGCAGGAGCAAAACUCAAGCAAACAGAAAGGAAACAGAGUGCCUUUUGGAGGAGGUGGGGGCAAACCAGGAGGGGGAGGAGGUGCUGGGAAGAGUCUUAACAUGCGGAUGAAGUUUGCCUGCGGUCAGUGCUGGUUGGACGGCCUGAUCAGUGAGCCAGACAAAGGCCUCAAGUACUGCGGUGCUAAAGCUAGACAUGCGUGGACUAAAGACAGGCGAGUGCUGCUGGUCAAGUCCCAAGAGAGAAGUAAAUGGGUUCAGGUGCGACCACUGCCACACGCCAAGGAUCUCCCUGCACAGUAUUAUAUGUGUGCGCAGAUUUUGGAGAAGAGGAAAUGUAACUACUCUGGGGUCUGCACCUUUGCUCACAGCCCAGAGGAGAAGGACAUGUGGAUGUAUAUGAAGAAUAAUGACUUGAGAGACAUGCAGCAGAUGUAUGACAUGUGGCUGAAAUUAAGCGGUCAUAAUCGUCAAGCAGAUGGAUCCACGGUCAACCAGCCCAGCCCUGAGGAAAAAUACAUCACUAUGCCCACUGAUUAUGCUGAGCCAAUGAGUGGCUUUCACUGCCGCCUGUGUGGCAAACACAGUAACAGUGAGCGGCAGUGGCAGCAGCACGUUUCCACCGAGAAGCACAAGGACAGAGUGUUCAGCUGCGAGGGAGAAGAUGAAGCUCUGACGUGGAGCUACCGCUUCCCGGGUACACGCUUUGAACUCUGCUCCAAGUUGGAUGGCAGCUGUCCUGACGGUGCAUGCUGUGACUACGCCCAUAGUCCGGAGGAGCUCCAGGAGUGGAUAGAGAGACGAAAGUUCUUACGACAAAAGCUGGCCAAAGCUAGGGAAGAUAUGCUCAUCAUGCCUGAUGAGGUCGACUUUGGAAAAUACAACUUCCUGCUUCAGGACUAAGAAGAAUUUGACUUUGUGAGCCAUUUCUGUAACUGCCAAACAGCAUUACAGUUUGUCAAGAGUUUUCAAAUCAAAACCAACAGCAGCAGUUCACUUGAAGAUAUAUAUAUUUAACAAACUUGAAUUUAAAAAAGCGCAUAUUUUAAUUUUCUUGUGACUUCAUGGCGCUACAUUCACAGCUCGUGUCUCUCCAGCCAAAACAUUAACUGCACUGUGCUGUGAGCGUAAGGCUAUGUGGUGCCACACUAAGAAAGAAAAAAAUUGAUCAUCAGUGAAGAUUUAUAAAGGUUUCAUAUGCCAUACCUGCAGCCUUUCUUGUGCCUUUGUUGUUUUACCUUCUGUUUGUGUUUUGCUCAAUCAGGGAUUGUUACUGAAGUGUGCCUUCAUUGUGCAGUUCACUAAGAAAGGAGGUUUUCAAAACUUUCGUUGUGCAAUAAAAUGUCCCCUAUAUGACAAGCUGGCUUGUACUUCUGAUUUGUACUCGUGCAAAGACAGCAGAGGUCCAAUUUUGUGUUCUGUUUAAUAAAUUUUAACUAAUUGAGUGGUGGGGGAGUACUUGACCCAAAUGA